AUGGCCCAAGGCGAGGAACGAGGGCGCGGGCCCGCGGGCUGGGGGCUGCGCGGCGCCCUGGCAGCCGUGGCGCUGCUGUCGGCGCUAAACGCGGCGGGCACGGUGUUUGCGCUGUGCCAGUGGCGUGGCCUGAGCGCGGCGCUGCGGGCGCUGGAGGCGCACCGGGGCCGGGAGCAGCGGGAGGACGCCGCCCUGCGCGCCUUCCUGACCGAGCUGAGCCGCGCGCCGCGCAGGCCGCCCGUGCCGCCCGCGGACCCGGCGAGCGCCGCGCGCAACAAGCGCAGCCAUGGCGGGGGGCCCGCGACGCACCUCCGCGCCGAGAGCCAGGACAUGCUCAUGAUGAUGACCUACUCCAUGGUGCCGGUGCGAGUGAUGGUGGACCUGUGCAACAGCACCAAGGGCAUCUGCCUCACAGGACCUCCCGGCCCCCCAGGACCUCCAGGAAUCGGUGGCUUACCAGGACACAAUGGAUCUGACGGACAGCCUGGCCCCCAGGGCCCAAAAGGAGAAAAAGGAGCCAACGGGAAAAGAGGGAAAAUGGGGCUACCUGGAGCCACAGGAAAUCCGGGGGAAAAGGGAGAGAAGGGGGACAUCGGUGAACUGGGCUCGACUGGCAACGAGGGCCCGCCAGGGCAGAAGGGGGCCAAGGGAGACAAGGGAGACGCAUCCAAUGAUGUGCUUGUGGCAGGUGCCAAAGGUGACCCAGGCCCAGCCGGCCCACCUGGGCCCCCAGGCCCCCCAGGGCCUCCAGGGCCCCCUGGAAGCAGAAGAUCCAAAGGCCCUCGGCAGCCAAACCUGUUCAACGGCCAGUGCCCAGGUGAGACAUGUGCCAUACCCAACGAUGACACCUUGGUUGGAAAAGUUGACGAGAAAGUCAAUGAGCAACACUCCCCCAAAGCAGAAUCCACCAUCACCUCCAUUGGGAACCCAACACAAGUCUUCAAGGUCAAGGAGACUUUUGGGGCUUGGAUACGAGAGUCUGCUAACAAGAACGACAGCCGCAUCUGGGUGACUGAACACUUUUCAGGCAUCAUGGUGAAGGAGUUCAAAGACCAGGCAGCCCUCCUGAACGGCAGCUGCACGUUCAUCCACCUGCCCUACUAUUUCCAUGGCUGCGGCCACACCGUGUACAACAACUCUCUCUACUACCACAAAGGGGGCUCCAACACCAUCGUGAGAUUUGAUUUUGGCAAAGAAACAUCAGAAACGCUGAAGCUUGAGAAUGCCCUGUAUUUUGACCGCAAAUACCUUUUCGCCAAUUCCAAGACGUACUUCAACCUGGCUGUGGACGAACAGGGGCUGUGGAUCAUCUACGCUUCAAGCGUGGAUGGCUCGAGCAUCCUUGUCGCACAGCUGGAGGAGAGGACCUUCUCCGUGGCACAGCACAUCAAUACCACGUACCCCAAGUCCAAGGCAGGCAACGCCUUCAUCGCCCGCGGGAUCCUCUAUGUCACAGACACCAAAGACACGAGGGUAACAUUCGCCUUUGAUCUGCUAGGAGGGAAGCAGAUCAAUGCCAACUUCGAUGUCAGAACUUCCCAGUCUGUUCUCGCCAUGUUAUCCUACAACAUGAGAGACCAGCACCUGUACUCCUGGGAAGAUGGCCACCUGCUGCUGUACCCAGUGCAGUUCCUGGCGGCUCCGUUCAGCCAGUGAUGUGCUGCAUUCUCUUCUCCUCACUGGAUCUCACGUGUCUUCUGGGACCAUUUUUGUCCCAUCAGAAAACCUGUCUUUAAAGGUAGCCGGGUUCUUAGAGCUUAAUCUCACAUCAUAUGCAUUCUGUAGUCAGUGAGCCCCCUGUGAAACCCUAGUGCCCGCUGUGGGGUAGCAUCAGGCUGGAAGUUGCAAUGGCUCUAGAGCUUCCUCCACGUAUGAGUUGGCCAGGUUGCCGACCCUUCCUUGGGCCUUGGUUUCCCCAUUGGUAAUAUUCAGCAGGUGACCAAGAAAAUGGGCACAGUUUUCUCUACCUACAAGAAUUUCUGUGGUGUUUGGCUACCGCUACUCUCGCAGUUUUUAUAGCCCCAUUUUCUGUUUUUUGUAGCCGGGUGCUAAGUAACUUUACCUGUAAGAUCAUAGCCUUGUUGCUUCAACAGUGAAUUCUGCAGUGCCGUGGGAAAAUACGCUGAGCCUUUAUGGCUUCUAAGGCACCAUGACGUCCAUAAUUUAUUACUUUUCUCCACAUUGCACCUGCCGCCUCAGAGUGACCCGACCCUCUGCCUUUGAUUGCAGCUCCCCGAUCAGCAAAAGCCAAGAGCAGCUACAUGCCCAGGCUUCUCAGUGAGACAGCAUCGGCCCUUCCGGGUUUCUAUCCAUUUCCCAUCAGGUUGACUUGCAGCGGUGGGUCUCCAGGGCGCUCCAGCUACUGCUGCUGCUGCUGCUUCUUUUUUUAGGGAAAGGGUGUACUGAUGGAAAUCCGACAGAUCGGAGGGAAGGGGUGAAGAAGAAAGAGCGGGGUCAGGAGAAAGAGACAGGGAGUCUGGCUUCUUCUACCACAGCCACAGAUCCAGAGUAAAGGGCCCCGCCCCCCGCCCCUGCCUUAGCCAUGGUUUCAGUUACCACAGUUAACCAUAGUCCAAGAAUACAUCCAGUACAAGGAGGGAUUAAGAUAUUCAGAGUGACAGAGAGAGAGAGAGAGAGGCCACAUUCACAUAACCUUUACUACAUCGUAUGGUUACAGUUGUUCUACUUAGUUAUUAGUUAUUGUUGUUAAUCUCCGGCUCUGCAUCAUUUACAAAUUGAAUGUUAUCAUAGGUAUAUGUAGGGGAAAAACCAUGGCCUACAUAGGGGUCGGCAUUGUCCGUGGUUUCGGGCCGGACAACAGGGGACUGCUGGACUACAUGCUGUGCGAAUGGACAGUGUCUGGUCGGAACUGUGACACUCUACGGUCUUUGGAAGAGAGGUACCAUUUGUGAGUUCAUCUAGAUCAGGGGGUGGGAAAGCUGGCCAUAAGCCAGUUCUUCACAUGUUCUUGUAAAUAAAGCUUUAU